GGCGUCGAAGAAGUCAUGAAGAAGCUGAAGUUGUUUUGAUUUGUGUGUAGUAUUUUGCCAAAUUUMUGCUCAAAAACAUGGCUGUUUGGCGUCCAUUAAAAAACCCAACUACAGGUGUUGUGAUCUACAAUUUCAAUGGCAAAGGAGCUCACAAACUUCAAUUAMAGCUUGGAGAAACUGUGCAAAUUCACGAGGAAAAUGGGGGAUGGUAUCGUGGAUAUUCACAUUCCAAUAAGGGCGCUGUGGGAAUUUUUCCUAUUUCAUAUGUCAAAAUAAAAGAAAACAGAGAUGAAGAAGAGAUUGAUAGAGAAGACGAAAGCAGUGUCAUUGAAGAAGUAACUUCUGUGUUGAGAGAAUGGGGUGUAAUCGCUCAAGCMCUUUACCUUGAAAGAAAAGUUGAAGAUUUUGAACUGACGUACAAUCUGAUAACAGAGCUAAUAGAGGCUAGGAGACAAAUAAUUAUGUCCGAGACGCUGGUUGACACUCAAUUCAAGCAACUUAAGCAAAAAGUUGCUUCAACAAUUGAUUAUGGAAACAAGUGUCUUGGGUUGGACUUGGUUGUCAGGGAUGAAGAUGGCAACACCAUAGACCCAGAAUCUACUGGAGUUAUCGAACUAUAUAGAAAGCAUGUAAGCACAUCAGAAAAAGCAAAUGAUACAACUUUAGAUGACACRAAGAAAAGACGAGAGAAUAAUAUUGCAAGCACUUACAGCAUAUACGUGAAAAUCAAAAAUGUAGUGUGUAAAAUCAAAGAUGAUGCUCAAGUCCUUAUUUCAUUGUAUGACGCUAAGGAAGGUGUAUUCAUCAGGACAGGUUGCAUGGAACACAAGGAUGAUGAAAAUUUUAAGAGAGAAAAAUCCAAAAAUAAAUUCUCACAUGACAUAAGAAGAGCAUUUGGAAUAGCAGUAAGAGAAAUUGGUGAUAUUUUAUCUGGUGAAAAUACAUAUGAUGAUGAUGAUGAUAAAAAGGAGACGUUUCUUCAGUUGCACACUAUGAACGCUGAGCAGUCCUUUGAUUCAUUCAUAAAGAGAACAAUACAACUCGGACAGACGGACAAACAACAUGGCGAAGGAAUAUGGGUGGGCAUCAAACUAAUGGAUGGAGAUGUUGAGCAGAUUACAGAAGAGCAUCCAACCCUGAUGAAUAAACAUACUGCGAUAGCAAGGAAACAAGGCUUUCCCGAAGUCAUCAUGCCAGGUGACUACCGUAAUGAUCUCUAUAUCACAAUACUACAAGGRGAAUUUGAAAAAGGAGGAAAAAGUGCAAAUAAAAAUAUUGAAGUUACAAUGAAUGUUCUACAAGACGAUGGCACUAUCAUAGAGAAUGCAAUCAACUAUGGYACUGGAGAAGAAUCUAUCAAUGAAUACCAUUCCUAUGUUUUCUAUCAUCAACCAAGACCAGAAUGGAAUGAAACAAUUAAGGUUGUCGUCCCCAUCGAUUUGUACGACAAGGCACAUUUAAGGUUCACGUUCAGGCACAGAUCAUCUGUUGAAGAUCGAGACCGAACCCAGAAGAUUUUUGCCUUUGCUUUUAUGAGGCUGAUGAAUCGUGAUGGUACAACAUUGACUGAYGGCUUGCAUGAGCUCAUAGUUUAUAAAUGUGAUUUAAAAAAAGUAGAACCGUCAUCAUACCUAAAACUGGCAUCCUUAAGAGUCGAGCAGUCUGUCAUGACACCGCCUUCCAAGGGAUUGGUGCAAUACUCCAGUGACAAGUUCACAAUAAAGUGUCUUCUUUGUUCAACGAAACUCACCCAAAACCUUGAUCUUCUUGGUUUACUGAAGUGGAAACAAAUGCAAGGAAUGUUAAGAGAAAUUUUAGUUACCGUGAUGAAUGUUAGUGGUGCAGAAAUCGUUAAGUUUUUGACAGACAUUUUUGAUGCCUUAUUCGGUAUUCUAACUGAGAGCAGGAGAUACGAUAAGCUUGUGUUUGAUGCACUGGUAUUUACCAUAAAUCUCCUGGCAGACAAAAAGUACCAUCACUUCAGACCUGUGCUGGACGCGUACAUUGAAACGCGGUUUGGUGCUGUCCAGGCUCACAGAACACUCAUUGCUACGCUUAAGGAGUACAUAGAAUACGCCAGGCGCAAAGAAGUAGACCGCGUYAAAACCGACACUGUACUAAGAGCUAUGAAGGCRCURGAGUACAUAUUCAAGUUCAUUGUCAAAUCCAGACUUCUGCACGAGAGUCUGAAGAGGGGAAAAGUCAACGACGAGUUUCAAAAUGAAAUGAGGAGUUUGUUUUCUCAGUUGGUAGCGCUUAUGGAAGACGAAAAGAAUGAAACUCUCCUCAUUCAGGGUGCUGCAUUGAAAUAUUUCCCUGCUUCAUUUGCUGACUUGAUGAAAGUUUGUGAUCCCAAAGAACUUGGAUUUAUUGCACGUGAUUUCAUUGAGAAGAUUCCCGAAAGGAGACUAAUAUCUCAAAAAAUGGACUGUAUUCAUAACAUGAUAAAGAGCCCGUUGUUUGAGCACGAAGAGUCUCGAUGUGUAAUCCUACCAAUGGUAGUCAAGCAGCUUAAAAAAGAGAUGGAGAGAAGCGAAGAAAUGAAGAUAUGUAUCGACAUCUUGAGCAACAUCUUGAUAACUCUCAUGAGAACAGACGUGGGAAUGACACACGAAGACAUCUUGUUUCUUGCCACGUCGUUGCUACAAGUCGUUGUGAAGGCGGUCGUUAGGAUGGACAGACAACAGCAAAUCACGCGACAGUACGUGGCUUGUCUCACCGCUAUGUUUCAGCUCAUGAACGCUGAUCACUUUCAGAAGUACAUGAGUAAUUUUAGCUCGUUGGAGCUGUUGCGGGACUUCCUCAUUGAGUUGUUUCUACUUUUCCGUGAUUUUGUGAGCUGCAAUGUGUAUCCUAAAGACUGGGUCGUCAUGCUGAUGCAGCAAAACAGGUUUGGACCGGUUUAUGUAUACUUGACCAAUCAAAACUCAGAAUUUUACUUUGAGUCUCGAUGUGUAAUCCUACCAAUGGUAGUCAAGCAGCUUAAAAAAGAGAUGGAGAGAAGCGAAGAAAUGAAGAUAUGUAUCGACAUCUUGAGCAACAUCUUGAUAACUCUCAUGAGAACAGACGUGGGAAUGACACACGAAGACAUCUUGUUUCUUGCCACGUCGUUGCUACAAGUCGUUGUGAAGGCAGUCGUCAGGAUGGACAGACAACAGCACAUCACGCGACAGUACGUGGCUUGUCUCACCGCCAUGUUUCAGCUCAUGAACGCUGAUCAUUUUCAGAAGUACAUGAGUAAUUUCAGCUCGUUGGAGCUGUUGCGGGACUUUCUCAUUGAGUUGUUUCUACUUUUCCGUGAUUUUGUGAGCUGCAAUGUGUAUCCUAAAGACUGGGUCGUCAUGCUGAUGCAGCAAAACAGGGUCAUCUUGAGUGCGAUCCAAAAYUUCUCAGGUGCACUUUGUAGCAUGUUCUUGCGUGGUGAUAAUUUUGAUUUUCAGCUUUGGAAUAAUUUCUUCCACUUGGCUAUUGCCUUCAUCACACAAGAGUCCUUGCAACUGGAAAAUUUCAGAAUUGCAAAACAAGAGCGAAUCCGCGAGAAAUAUGGCGACAUGAGGACCUUCAUUGGAUUCAAGAUCAAUGAAAUGUGGGAUUUCCUAGGAGCCCACAAGACUAAGUUCAUUCCAGAUCUUGUCGGACCUUUCCUGGAAAUGACAUUGAUUCCCCAGGAAGAACUCAGAAAGGCGACCAUUCCGAUCUUUUUUGACAUGAUUGAGGUGGAGUACUGGAAUACUGGGGGCUUCGUGAAGGUUGAAACUGAACUUUUUCGUAAACUUGAUGUGCUUGUCGAAGGUGGAAAAGGAGACGAAGARUACAAAGAACUAUUCCAGAAAACGCUGACAGAAAGAUUCAUCAGCCAUCCCCAGCUUAGCAAACAAGGCAUCGAGUUUGUACAGAUGGUUACCAAGCUGCUAGAGAGACUGCUGGACUACCGUACCGUCGUCCAGGGUGACGAUAACAUCGAUAAUCGCAUGAGCUGUACUGUCAACGUACUGAACUUUUACAAAGACAUCAGACGAGAGGAAAUGUUCAUUCGAUACGUAUACAAAUUGUGUGAUCUGCACAUCAAGAUUGGUAAUUUUACCGAAGCGGCUUACACUCUUCGUAUGCACGCUGACCUGUUACAGUGGUCAGACGAGGAGAUCUACUCAAGUAGAGAGAAAUACAGGAAAGCAAACACCAAACGUCAACUCAAGGAGAUGCUUUACGAAGACAUUAUUGAAUACUUUGAUAGGGGCAAGUGUUGGGAGGAAGCUAUCGUCAUGUGCAAAGAGUUGGCAAAGCAGUACGAGGAACAAACCUUCGAGUACAUCAAACUAAGYGAGAUAUUGAAAAAACAAGCGAAAUUCUACGAUAAUAUAAUUACUCAAGUGAGAGGCGAACCCGAGUACUUCAGAGUGGCGUUUUACGGCAAAGGAUUCCCAACUUUUCUCAGGGACAAGGUGUUUGUUUAUCGAGGGAAGGAGUACGAGAGACUGGGUGAUUUUUCUAUCAAGUUGCAGAGCCAGUAUCCUAGUGCCGARAAUUUAAAGUAUUUGACAGCACCUGCAGAUGAUAUUAAGAACUCCAAUGGACAAUUCUUACAAAUCAACAAAGUUGAUCCAGUUUCUGUCGAGYUGCGAAAGUUYCGYGGGAAAAACGUCAUGGAACAAAUCAUCAAGUUUUAUGAUGUCAAUCAUGUGAACACUUUUCAAUAUUCACGGAAAUUUCACAUUGGACAAAAAGAGAAGGACAAYGAAUUCAAGACGAUGUGGUUGGAAAGGACGGUAUUGUACACGAGAUACAGGUUUCCUGGAAUUUUGUGCUGGUUUGAAGUCACGCACACUGACGUGGCAAAAAUCAGUCCUCUUCAGUUUGCGCUGGAAACGAUGACUUCAGUCAACAAAGAAYUACGAAGUGUGAUUGGUCAACAGAAGGCCGACGUUCAACUCAACAUAAAUCCUUUGAGUAUGAAGCUACAGGGAAUCGUGGAAGCAGCCGUGAUGGGCGGAACGUCGAACUAUGAAAAGGCAUUUUUGAUUCCCGAAUAUCUCCAACAAAACCCCGAUCACACUCCGUACGUGGAGCAACUGAAGGAACUUCUGGUUGAACAGAUUGACAUCCUCGAGGAAGGAAUUCAUCUACACGCCUCGCGUGUGUCAGAUAAUCUGCGACCCCUUCAUGAACUCAUUGAAACGAAAAAGCCUCCUCGACCUUUUCCAAGUGAUGACGCGCCGUUAUUACCACGAAAGAGCGUGCGUCAAAAACCUACUGAUCAGCGGUCUAGUGCCGGAUCGAACAGCUCAGGAGAAAUGGAGCCGAUCAGUGAAGCGCCACCUUUGCCACGAAGGACWACGGUGUCACGUGACCCCAAUCACGACCAAAURUCAACGAUGCCGAGGAGACCUGUCCCGAAACCUGACGAAAUAGAUUCGCCGCCAGUCCCUCCCAAAGGUAGACGAGCGAGCGAGCAGCACACAAGAUUUCCGAAUAUGUAGGACACUGGUAACUAAAGUAACGGAAUAUUGUAAYGCAAUCCUGAUAACGCAAUCUUAUGUCAUGCUAAAGAGUCAGUACAGAUUUCUUUAGUGGAGGUUUUUGAAACUGUGAUAUUUUUAUAAAAAAGAAUCGUCUUUUUAUCAUUCRAUAGCACAUUAUUCUUACUACUGGUAAUGGGAAAAAGUCAAUAGGCAGUUUGUUGUAAACACCAAAUGCAAAAUAUUUUUGUAAAAUGAUAUUUUAUAUUAUAGAAGGGCGAUGGCCRGUCUGUGUAWCUUUUUCUWGGACGGGAGGGGUAGGAAGGGAAUUUAGACAACGUAUUUACUGCGGUUACGUCCACACUGAUGCGUUUCCGUAGCGAAUUUGUAUUUUUUUCAUAAAAGGUGUGGAAAACAAUAGAAAGACGCCACGAAAGGGCUAUAAAAGCAAAUAACGGYUUACAGUUAAAAAUUAWGGAUAUUUUUCUGCUCACAUCGAAGACAACUAGUUGUGUUUAGAACAUUUUUAUUUCACUUCACUAUUUCUAACAUUCCUACGAACACAUCUAUAUUUUAAUAUUAUUAUAGCAUGUGACAUUGCUAAAGUGUCCACGUGAUGUUGCGUAAGUGUUCACGUGAUCUAACUGAUUGUCACAUGACCUAAUUAGUUAACAUGUGACAUUUACCCAAAUAGCGAGUAUUAGGGGUUUAUCUUGAUAGUUGUGUGGCUAAAAUAACAAUUUUAGAUUUAGAUUGAUUGUAGAAUGCUAUUUUGUAUUGAAAUAAGAUAUAUUAUAAUUUACCAAAACUAAAGAAUUAUAUUUUUGCCUAGGCACUUAUCACUGAAUUUACUUGAAUUAUAUUUUUWAAU